AUGGAUCUAAGUGAUGUAAGAUUUGUUAAAGGAACUAGAUUUCCAUUGAGUCGAUUGUUAGACAAAUCUAACUCACCAAGUGAUUACUUGGGAAUUCCUUUAAGUGCGGAUCCGAGAAGAGUGGCAACCUGGGACCCGGUUAUUGAAAAAUGUAAAGUUAAAUUGGCAAGUUGGAAAAGUAGAGCAUUGUCUUUUGCUGGGAGAGUUGUCCUGAUUAACUCAGUCUUGUCAACACUGCCUCUUUAUUAUAUGUCGAUUUUCAGUGCCCCUAAAGCAGUAAUAUCAAAGAUAGAUUAUAUUAAAAGAGGAUUCUUACGGGGGGUUGAAGGGAAUAAAAGGAGGUUGUCAAGGGUUAAUUGGGGAAGGUUGUGCAUUCCAAAAAAACAUGGUGGGGCGGGAGUUAUAAAUUUGAGGGUGAAAAACAAGGCGUUGCUAGCUAAAUGGGGAUGGAGGUAUGCCACUGAAAGAAAUGCAUUAUGGAGGUCAAUAAUAUGCCAUAAAUAUGGUUCAGGUGAAUUGCCAUGGAUGGUUAAUUUAGGAAACAUAAAGGACGCUUCGAUAACAUGGAAAGGGAUUAUUAGCAAUCUGCAGAGUGAAGAAACCGAAAAGUGGAUGUGUGGUAAUUCUUUUCGUUGGCAAGUGGGUGAUGGGAAAAUUGUUCUUUUUUGGGAGGAUGUUUGGUAUGGUGAUAAGGCACUAAGGUCUAGAUACCCUCGUUUAUACAGGCUCGUGUCCAGAAAAUUUAUAUCGGUUGAUGAAAUGUUUAGUGCUGAUGAGUGGUUAAGCCAAGAUCUUCCAGCUUUGUUUAAUAGGCAACUCUUGGAUAGGGAGCGUGUUAUAGUCCACAGAAUUAAAGGAGAAGUUGAUAGGAUUAAAAUCAUUUCUUACGUGCCUGAUCGCAUCUUAUGGGUUCAUGAAAACGAUGGAAUUUUUAAGGUUAAGAAACUGUCAGAAUUGUUGAUGUGCAAUGGUAAUUUUGAAGAUGCUGAUUUGUUCUGCUACGAUAAAAUUUGGAGGCUUAAAAUUCCUCCAAAGAAGAAGAUGCGGACCAUCUGUUUGUGUCCUGCAUUUUCAUGGGAUGUUUUUGGAAUGCAUUCUGCAGAUGGUGGCAAAGUGUCAACAGUAGUGGCUUGGCAUGUUAGCUUUGCAGCAGCGCUCUGGAGUCUCUGGUUGGCUAGGAACGAAUUUGUCUUCAGGGAUAAAGGUACCAUUAUUAAAGACAUUAUCCUUUUUGUCAAGAUGAGGGCGUUUGCCUGGUGUAAGGCGUUGAAGGUUUUCGAAGUCCUAGAUGAGAAACGAUGGUGGGAUUCUCCUGGGGAUGCAGCAAUUUCAAGUGAAGCAAACAGAAUUCUGAAGACUGUAUGGCAGCCACCUAAAUUUGGUCAGAUGAAGUUCAAUGUCGACGGUUCAGCGACAAAGGAUGUUGCAGGUUGCGGGGGAGUGCUAAGGACAGCCGAGGGUUAUGUUGUGGCAAUGUUCUUUGGACCGGUUGCAGAGAUAAAUUCCGAUUUUGCAGAACUGUCAGCAAUUAAAAAAGCUUUGGAGGUUUUUAGCGAAUCAUUGUGGUGUGGUAAGGUUGAUCUGAUUCUCGAAUCUGAUUCUACAGUAGCGUUGAAUUGGGUUCAAAAUUACUAUGUUCGACCAUGGAGGUGGGGUUCUACCUUUCAACAGUUUGAUGAAGAUGCUUUGAAGAUUAGAGAGGUUAAGUAUGUUUUCACGCCUAGAUUAUCAAAUGGAAUGGCAGAUUACUUGGCCAAGUUGGGGUCCAGGAGAGCAGUAAUGUUUGCAGCAUGUUGGUGA